AUUGAAGUAUAGGUAAGCAGUCAUACAAUGGCUGCUCAGCUCAUCAUUAAGUCCCACACCAUUCGUAUGAUUAUUGUAAUACCGGUAUAGCUUACCAAUGCGAGCCAUCAGUGCAUCUAAUUAUAAAACUAUCACUUUUUGACCACAUAUUUGACACUUUUGUGAAUUUUAAAUUCAAAAUUAUUUUCAAUUACAUAUCAAAGUAUUAUAAUAAGAGUGCCAUCUAUUGGCUCAUUCCCUCAGUUAUGCAAUCAUUACAUAAUGUGAUUGUAUUGAAAACAUGCACUCAUUUACCGUCCUAAAUAUGAGAAAAUCGUUUUAAUGGCAAACUUGAAGACAGACAAUGAGUCGGACAAUAGUUUGCGGACACAUAUCGACACCAACGACACGAUUGGCGCGAAAGAAGUCAACAGAAAACAUAAAUAUUUGGAGAUAGCAUUCAUGUCGUGCGUCUCGGGAGCGGGUCUUCUGUUUGGCUUCUCUUCGGCCUUGUCUUCAGCCAAGAAGAAAGACGUCAACGCUUUCGAUAAGGGUAUAUCAAUCGUGAAAACGGUUGGCACCGAAAGUGGCGGAUCACUGGCUAUGAGGGCUCUGUUGUGGGGAACAGUGUAUGCGUGCACUGGCUUUGGCCUCUUGUGCUUCACUGUCUGGAAGGCGAUGGGUGUCAACGAUUUACAAGAGUUUCGCCACAAAGUGGGCACUUAUUUGCCUCGACUCACACCCACUGAACCCACAAACUCGAGGACAGAGUUCGCUUCGCUCAGCGAUCUCUUGCAGUAUAUCAUCGACGAGUCGGACAAA